GUGUAACUAUCAAAUAAUAUAUUUGAUUUGAAGUGAACAAUAAAACCUAAAUAGUUUAAUAAAUAUGUGUCUAUAAACUCAGAACUCGAGAACGCCUGCACAUAAUUCGAAAAACUUAUUGUGGUUAUCCGCGAUAGACAAAAUAAAAAUAAACAGUGUUCGUCUGGGAAUGAUAUCUGUUUGGAACUUAUAAUCUGAUACAUUUAAUUUUUUUUCAAUAUUUAGAAUGAAAUUAAUUGAUACGGUUUUGGCUUUUUUUGGAUUCACGGCAACUAGUAGUGGUAUUCCGAACAAUUCUGCUAUCAAAAGCAGUUUUAUAGUUGGCUACAACAAGCCGUAUAAUUUUACGUACAACGCGCAAAAUGAGCUAAAUAUGACGAUUAACUUCAUUAAUUAUCCACCAAACGUCACUGAGCUGAGUUACGAAUUCCAAUCAGGUUUUGUACCGGACAAGAAUACAAUUGAUUUAAAAAAACCGUCAAUACAUAUCCAAACUCGUUUAAUGCAGCUCACAGCAUCAGUGUCCGUCGACUUGAGGACUUUAAGCGGAAGUUGCAGUUUUAUGGUUGCAAAAGGAAAGGAUAUUUCUACCAUAUUAAAUAGACCAUGGACCAGGUCGUCAUCAAAACCCUGCACUUGUUGCAGUCCGAACUGGUGUAUACUCACGGUGGAUUUCUCCAAAGGAUUUACAAACACAUGCCGCAAAUCACAUGCCUCUACGACAACGCGCACUGUCAUAAAUUUUACAAAAUAUACCCCGGUUACCACUCCAGCACCGAUUACUGAAGAUCCAAGUAAGAAUUUUUAUGAGACUCCUGAAGCCGUGGUUUCCAUAGAACACAUUUUCCUGUACUAUGUUCUGCCAGCCUCAAUAUGUGUAGUGUUGGUCAGCGUGGUUGCAUGUCUGUGGUUGCGUAUAAAGAAACACAGGCGGACGUGCUCUGCAGAUCUGAUUACCACUAAUACUACAGGGAACGAAGUAUUAUAUGCUGACCUAGAAUUAAAAGGAACGAAUAAUUUCCAGCGAAGAUGUAACGAGGAAUCUCCAUACGCUCAAAUACAAGUAUCACAAUAGGGAUGAUGACAGGGUAUGAACAUUAAAAAUCUAAUUAGUCCGUCAGUUAGGUAAUGA